UGUCCCAGAAUGCUGCCUGGUAAACAGACAUGGAAGCACCUGGUGAAGACCUCCACAGUCACUGAGCAGUGCACUCGCUCUUUGAACUGAUCUUCAUUGUCGAUACACACUAAAGCCUGCGUCUUUGUUUUCUUUGGGGCUCGUGCGGGACCUCUGAAGUCCAGGGCAUUGAUUCCCUCACCAGCUUGUGUGACAGUCUGGAAUCACCAACUCUGAUGAGGAUCUACUGACUUAAACAGUUUUGGCCCAGUUUUUUACUUUUGACAAGGUACGAGCGGAAAGAAUGUCGGAAAGAGCCGAAGAUGACGUCAGGGCGGAGCAGCAGCAGCAGCGCAGAGCGGCCAGGCAGCUCAAGCAGCAGCGGGGAGAAGCCUCCACAGCAAUGGCGACUGUGGCGGAGCGUAGAUCCCUGCCCAGUCCAGAAAUAAUGCUGGGACAGCCUUGGAGCAGCUGGCUCGAUGCUGUGAAACUCUACGCGAGCGACGGUGCAGAAUUGGAGGAAAGUUUGAAAGAGUGCGGGAAGAAUCGCGAAGCCAUGAGACUCUGCAGAGACGACAUGCCCAUAUUUGGCCAGUGUCCCGCACAGGACGACUUCUACCUGGUCAUGUGCAACAACUGCAGUCAGGUAGUCAAACCCCAGGCCUUCCAAGCACACUACGAGAGAAGACACGGUUCCAGUGGCAAGCCUCCAUCCAGCUAUGCCCCUUCUACAUUUCCAUUCUCUCGAAACAAGGGCAGUGUUGGGGGCGGAGUCGGGGGAAGCUCACUGACACGGCCCUCCAGCGUAAACAGCAUCCCUCCUAAAAUCUUCAAACCAGCCAAAGACAAGCUGCUUCACCGGAAGCCUCAUUUUCCCUAUACUAGGGUGCUGCAAGAAGAGAGCCUGAGUCCUACGGUCAAGGCAGACAAGGUCCAUCCGAAGGUAGAACCUUCAGCCAAACUCACCCACGUGCCCGCCUCUUCUUCCACUUCCUCUUCCUCCAAUACUGUGAGCACCUCUCCCCUGAAGUCAGGCCUUAACUUUCCCCCCAUACCAAAGGCUCCACAGCUGGCCCCUGGCCAGAUCCCCAAUGGAAAGGGCCACCUCUCGUCUCUAGACAAAAAACAAGACAACAGCAGUGCCAGUAGCAAAAGACCCUUGUACAAGAGACCAGAACGAGAGUUUAAUCCAGAUAUCCAUUGUGGGGUUAUGGAUAUGACAGCCCGUAAGCCAUGCACAAGAUCCUUAACAUGCAAGACACAUUCCAUAAGCCAGAGGAGGGCGGUGCUUGGUCGACGGCAGCGCUUUGACACACUGCUCGCCGAGCAUAAGAGCAAAUCACGUGAGAAGGAGCUGCAGUUAAGGUUGGACCCCUCCCACCCAACACCCCCUCUCAGGGACCCUCACCCUGCCCCCUCUCGCCUAUCACAACAAGAUCCCUACCCGGUCUCCCACGGCAAUGGCACCGUCGACGCCACCAAAUCUAUGCCCCUCAGCAAACCCAAACCUCAUAGUUUUGGACCUCCACGGCUAAACAGCACUAACUCUCACAGUGGAGGAGACCCAGCCGUGACCCACGAUCAGGCGCAUCACUCUCACCCAGCCCCAGCGGGUACGGAGGCAAGUCGUGUCUCCAGUGAUGAGGGGGAGAAUGAGGAGAGAGAGGAGGCCACAGAGAAACUGGACUGCCAUUAUUCAGGUUACCACCCUCGACCAGCUGCUCACUGCACUUUUGGCAGCCGGUUGUAUGGUCGAGGUUGUUAUGCGUUCGACAGGCGCUGGGAUCAAGUCCGAUCUGCUCUGACCAACAUGUUGGACAAGCAUGUGAACUCACAAAUGUGGAAGAAAAUCCCCAUGGCGCUUGAGAACUCUUCAGCAUCGUCAGCCUCUCAUCGGGCGAGCACAAAUUCCCACUCUUCCUCCUCCAUUUCUACUGGCUUUCUCGGCCUGUCCUCGCCACCGCCGCCCUACGACAGCAAACCGGUCCUGUCGUAUGGCACCACCCUGAACGCUCGCUCUUCUCCGCAAACGUCUGCUACCGAGCAGCCCGCCUACAGCGGCACAUCUAGGCAAGUGUCAGCCUCGUCACCCCAGAUGCCUUCAGCCCACUCGUCCUCCCUACCCUCUUUGGGCUCCAACCGACCCCCCAAAUCCAGAUCUGGAACCAAGUCCAUCAGGGCUAGAGAACCAUCAUCCAGCCUAAGUAACACUAUCGUCAAGAGCAGUGCUAAUAGCAGCGUUAACAUGAGUAACACGGGCAGUAGCAAAAAGCGGAAAAACAGCUCCGUGUUGUCAUCUCACAGUACUUACACUUCUGAAUCUUCCUCAUCUUCCUCUUUCAAGAAGAACUGUGCGGUAAACUCUGGCAACCCGGGGAGCACGUAUCACACCACGCUGUCCUCCGCCCCCUCCUCAUCUUCGUCGUCUCACAGUGGGGUGUACAGUGUGGGGUUGAAUUGCACCCCGGGCAGGGCUAAUUCUCUGAGUUUAAAGCAGGAGUCGACAGGGCGCGGUCCUCCUUCAGGCAGCCCCGCCGAGUCUAUCAAACGCAUGAGCGUGGUGAUGAACAGCAGCGACUCUACGCUAUCUCUCGGUCCAUUUGUUCACCAGAGCAGCGAUCACCAUGCAGAUGCACGUCUGGAAGCCAAAAGGAGAAAGGGCUCGCCUGGCUCGAGUAGCCUUAACAACACAGUGUCUGGAGCAGGAUCAGGGACGGCACAGGGUCCCGGCAGACCCAAAAUUUCGAAAUCUCCGUCAAUCAAUAACGUUCACAGCAAACAUGCUCGCUCUAUGCCUGGACCCCCGGGUCUUCCCAACAAUUCACUUAUACAUCAGCCAAAGGCUCGUCCCUGACACAGGUUUGGAGGCUCUGAGCGUGCUGAGCAGUAAGCUGGUUUCAGAGCUCUACGACCCCCUCAUGCUCUCACUCUGCAAGAGGCCUUCUUUUUCCCUUACUCUUCCCACAAUCCUCAGGGUGGAACGCACACUGGGUGGCCCAUUGAUGUCCUUCGCAGGGAUCUCCUCCCAAAGCCAUGCAGGGGCACUCUACGGGGUUAGGAUAAUAAGCCAGAGAGAUGUAGUUCUCUUGUUGGAGGUUAUAAUGAAUCUAUACAAUGCACCAUUUGGUACAAACGCCUGCUGCGUAAAGCAUGAGACGCCCAGCCGGAGUAUUCGCGCUGGGGUCUGAAGGUACAGAUUCGGGCUGGUACGUAGCCUCACCGACACUACCGAGCAUAGGAGUGAUGUACUGUACGAGGAAGAUGUGUGGAUGUACGAAAACACGUCGGAGAAGUUGACGCCAGGAAACUUGAAACUCAAAUUCUACUCGGCCAGGAACAGAAGGAAGAAUGGAAGAAAACAUCAAGACACAAUUCACUAAAGUUUAAUACAUGAUCUUUCACUGGCAGGCUGAAUUAGACGUUAAAGUUUUGCUCUGCGAUCAGAGCCGAGUUUCAGAAUAUGCGUCUUAACCUAAAAUUAUGCAAAGUAAGACUUUUUUUGUUUACAGGCUUAAGCAACUAGCAGAAGUUAAGCAAACAGAACAAAACAACCAUUAUGGGUUAUCAUAAGAUGUUUUAUGUUUAUUUGGAAAAGGAUAGAUAACUAACAUUUAAAGGGACACUCCACUUUUUUUUUAAAUAUGCUAAUUUUCCAGUUCAAGUGAAACAUUUUAUUUUUACUGUUUUGAAAUCCAUUCAGAUGAUCUCCGGGUCUGGUGCUAGCACUUUUAGCAUA